GCCGGCCACGCCCCGGCCCCGGACGCAGCGAGGAGCCGAGCGGCCGCGCCGAUUUGGGGGGCCUGGUGCCUGGCCCUCCUCGGGGGGUGCGGGUGGCCUCGGAGGAGUAGGGGGUGAUGGUCUCGCUCUGAGCCCUAAAGGUGGGAGGACCCGUGACCCAGGAAACUGCAACUAGCCCAGAGUUCAGAGGGUGUAAAUUGUCAUGGAAGCCCAGGAAAGGGACUCAGCCCCAGGGUCUGUGCCAGGCCUUGGCUUCUCUCUAAUGGGGCUCUGCUUCCUCUUCCUUUUGAACUGUACUAGAGCUGUGACCUGUAACCAUGCCCUCUGACCUGGCCAAGAAGAAGGCAGCCAAGAAGAAAGAGGCAGCCAAAGCUCGCCAACGGCCAAAGAAAACCCUAGAGGAGAAUGGGGAUGCUGAGAUUGAGCAACAGGAGAUGAAGAAUGAGGAGGCCAAUGGGACAGAAGGGUCAGAGAUAGAUGCUUUGACGAAGGAGCUGGAGGACUUUGAGCUGAAGAAAGCAGCUGCUCGUGCUGUCACUGGGGUGUUGGCCUCCCACCCCAACAGCACUGAUGUGCACAUCAUUAACCUCUCGCUGACCUUCCACGGCCAGGAGCUGCUGAGCGACACCAAACUCGAGCUGAACUCAGGACGUCGCUAUGGCCUUAUCGGGCUCAAUGGGAUAGGAAAGUCGAUGCUCCUGUCCGCUAUCGGGAAGCGGGAAGUGCCAAUCCCAGAGCACAUUGACAUAUAUCACCUGACCCGAGAGAUGCCCCCUAGCGAGAAGACGCCAAUACAGUGUGUGAUGGAGGUGGAUACGGAGAGGGCCAUGCUGGAGCGGGAAGCUGAGCGGCUGGCUCACGAGGACGCGGAGUGUGAGAAGCUGAUGGAGCUGUAUGAGCGUCUGGAGGAGCUUGACGCCGAUAAGGCAGAGGUGCGGGCCUCACGGAUCCUGUACGGUUUGGGAUUCACUCCAGCCAUGCAGAGGAAGAAGCUGAAAGAUUUUAGUGGCGGCUGGCGAAUGAGGGUGGCUCUUGCCAGAGCUCUCUUCAUUCGGCCAUUCAUGCUGCUGCUGGACGAGCCCACAAACCACCUGGACCUGGAUGCCUGUGUGUGGCUGGAAGAGGAGCUGAAAACGUUCAAACGGAUCCUUGUGCUGAUCUCCCACUCCCAGGACUUCUUGAAUGGCAUCUGCACCAACAUCAUCCACAUGCACAACCGCAAACUGAAGUAUUACACGGGAAAUUAUGAUCAAUAUGUGAAGACCCGGCUGGAGCUGGAAGAAAAUCAGAUGAAGCGUUUCCAUUGGGAGCAGGAUCAGAUUGCCCACAUGAAGAAUUACAUUGCACGAUUCGGUCAUGGCAGUGCCAAGCUGGCCAGGCAGGCCCAAAGCAAAGAAAAGACCCUUCAGAAAAUGAUGGCUUCCGGGCUAACAGAGAGAGUGGUGAAUGAUAAGACCCUGUCGUUUUAUUUCCCACCAUGUGGGAAAAUCCCCCCUCCUGUCAUCAUGGUGCAGAAUGUCAGCUUCAAGUACAUGAAGGAUGGGCCCUGGAUCUAUAAUAACCUGGAGUUCGGGAUUGACCUGGACACACGUGUGGCACUUGUGGGACCCAAUGGUGCUGGGAAGUCAACGCUGCUGAAACUGCUCACAGGAGAGCUGCUGCCCACAGAUGGGAUGAUUCGCAAACACUCGCAUGUGAAAAUUGGCAGAUACCACCAGCACUUGCAAGAGCAACUGGACUUGGACCUCUCACCCCUGGAGUAUAUGAUGAAGUGUUACCCAGAGAUCAAGGAGAAGGAGGAGAUGAGGAAGAUCAUUGGAAGAUAUGGGUUGACGGGGAAGCAGCAGGUGAGCCCCAUUCGGAACCUCUCUGAUGGGCAGAAGUGCCGUGUGUGUUUUGCAUGGCUGGCCUGGCAGAAUCCCCACAUGCUCUUCCUGGAUGAACCCACCAACCACUUGGAUAUAGAAACAAUAGAUGCUCUGGCAGAUGCCAUCAACGAGUUUGAGGGAGGAAUGAUGCUUGUCAGCCAUGACUUCAGGCUCAUACAGCAGGUUGCCCAAGAGAUCUGGGUCUGCGAGAAGCAGACAAUCACAAAGUGGCAGGGUGACAUCCUCGCUUACAAAGAACAUCUCAAGUCAAAACUAGUGGAUGAGGAGCCCCAGCUCACCAAAAAAACCCACAACGUGUGAGUGCUGGAGGGGUCGGUCAGGUGCUCUCCCUAGAGACUGACACAGUGGCCAGCCUGACCCACCCUCCUGCUGACUGGAAUCGACUCUGCUGCUAUCUCUGUGGUUCUGUUCUAGCAUUGCUGCAACAUUGCUUCUCCUCGACCCCCCCCUCCCCCCGUAUCUCCACAUCUGGACAAACCCUUCCCUUCUAUUCCAACUGCACUCAGGCAACUGUAUUCAUAGCUGGAUGGUGUCCCAUCCUACAUCAGACUUUUCACUCCAAUAGGCUGGAGUCAUGGUGAUGGCAGUAGGGAAUCUGACUUGCAGUGAUACAGAAGUGGAGACCCUAGUCCAUCUUCUCACCCUUCACCCCCAACUUUCUGCUUCAGUUUAGAAACUUCACUUCAAACUCCUCAGGCCUUGAUUUGUUUUUUAAUGAUUAUUUAACAGUGUAAUUACCAGAUCUGCCUGAGAAUCCAUCAGUCAAUAAAGAGGGAAGAAUAGUC